UUCCCUGCUGAAUAUCAUGACGAUCAAGCAUCUAUUGAACUCUCUGACUUACCUCCUCAUCCACUAUUGAGGAUCGUGUAUACGACGUUGCCACUUCAAGCACCUAGGAUUGAUGCGGGAGAAAGAAAGACAUUUCGUCAACUCUUCACACAACUCCGGUGGGUUAAUACAUCUUUCUACAUUGCAUGCAAGGAUGUACUUCAAGCUGCGUACAUACCCACAUACACUUCGAUGAUCCGCCAUCCCUACGCCUCUGAUCCAUGCCUGGCUUCUUGGGGCGAACCCCUGCAGCGCGAGGCCAGAGUCCUCAAUCUCUUCAUUGCACUCAUGGUCCAUGAAGAGGUUAUGCUCGGUGAAUCGUCGCUUCACGUCGAGCGAGAGAAUUUGUUCAAAGACCUUUUCGACCUCCAACAACCACGCAGCCGGCUAGAGGACCUCGUCUGAGACCGUGCCGUCAUUGAGAAUUGUGCAUAAAUACUCUCCCGGAUGGGCCGUCGAUGACAAAAGUAAAAUAGUGUCUGUGAACACUUGUAAUUCUUCAUCUUGGAGAUUAUCAUCUAGGGCGUUGACUGUAAAAUGGUUGAGCUGUAUGCCAGUGACAGUCUAACUGGAUAUGUGAGCCCAUGGAUUUUACCGAGAAGAGUUUCUUUCAGCGAGCUGUGUAU